AUGCGCCUCCGUGCUUCGGCCUCCAGCUUCACGCUUAUCUCUUACUCAAGCCUCUCGACUUCGUGGACUAUUCACCUCUGUGAGAAUAAUCAAUGGCACCGUCCACUUCUACGCCAACCAACCUACACCGCGCACCUGCGUAACCAGAGGGUCAACUCUACAGACAACAUCCAGCAGCUGCCGUCGCAGCACCGCCGACCGAUCAUUACCAAUGCAACUCGAGCAAGAAUUAUUGCCGCCUUGGCUACUAUCAAAGGGAAAAGAGGUUCGCCGUUCACUUUCGUCACCUCGGGAGAUAGCCCCUCAUUCAGUGCUAGUGGGAAUUCAAAUGACCGUACUCCAGUCAACCGCCUACAGCAACACACCUUCAAGCAAGACCAAAAGGCACACCCAUCUUUAAAGCUUUCUGGGCUGCUAAGACCCUUGAAAUUAAGUGUGCCCACUGAAGGUAGUGAAGAUGACUGGCGACCGGCUGGCUCCGUCAAAAUGCCCAGUUAUAUCUCUUCUAUGACCCUGGGUCAGACUAUUGUAGAUCCGAUCAAGGGAGGAAUUAUCAGCCCACAGGCAUCUCAGGCUUUAUUUGAAUUUUUCAUGGUACAGAUGAAUGCAAAAUGGGAGUAUCUUCUCGAUCCUCACGUCGAUACUCACGAUAGCGUUCAAAUGCGAAAUUCCUUUCUGUUUGCCUCAAUUCUCUUUUGUUCAUCCAAAUUUGCAAAUUUUAUCGAGGGGAAGGUAGUCUUCACUCCUGAUCUAUUUCUACAAAGCCGACUUUGUAGCUUAGCACGGAGUUUGGCGAUUAAGGCCAUUGCCGAGGGCAGCAGAUCCAUCGAGACAAUGCAAGCUUUUUACUUGCUAGUCUGCUGGAAGGAUGCAGAUGAUGAUAUCUCGUACCUUCACAGCGGUUACGCCUUUCGCAUCCUUCAUGACCUGGACUUGGAACAAGGUGAUAGUGACGGGCGUCAGGUGGCGAGGCAAAAGAGAACAUGGCUUGCAUUAUUUCGGCAGGACAGGCAGCAGAGCCUUUUCUUUGUGCGGAGAGCCUCGCUGAGCCAAGGCGAUGAAGAUACACCUUCUCUUGGCGACCUUAAUGUCUGGCUGAGAAUGCCAUAUGCUUUGCCGUCUGAUUUUGCUGCUUGUUGCAGUGCCGAUCUACGCUGUAUACAAUCGAAGUUGCGUCACUUGGUUCAAAGGAGAUCGGUAGAUAUGCUGCCGUGUCUGCUGGAGCUCAUGGAUGCAGACUUAAGAUCAUGGAGAUUCAAAUGGCACAAUCACCUUGAAGGCGAAGGACGUCAGCGGCCAGAGGAUGACCCAAACCUCAAACCUGAAUUUUUAUUUCCGGGUAGCCAUCAUCUCACUACUCUUAUGAAUGUAUGGGAGAGUGGUGUCAGACUCAAUGUGGCUUCUUCCAUAUUCCGCCAAGCUUUGAUGGCUUCUGUGUCCCCAUCCGUGGAUCUCAAUAACCAGUCAGCCCGUUCAACAGUGGACAUUGACCUGUCAACCACACAAGAAGUCUUGUCGCAGAACCUGCCAGGGUUGACGAGUAGUGUGGAAGGUGCUUUUGGAACAUUGCGCCAUUUGAUGAACUUUCCGCCAAGCGACCUAAGACUAGCUCCUGAUGCCGUUCUUUUGCUCGCCCCAAACGCAGCAUUAUUCUUAUGCUUGCUUCUUUGUCUCCCAGGAAAUGGUGUUAUUGGCGAAGCCUUCCAGAAGACAACAGUCGACCUUAUUCGAGAUAUCGCCCAGCACAUAGGGCAGUGUAUCCAAUCACCACAAGAUACAGUCGCCCUACAUUUUGCAUACCUAGAGUCGCUGGUAGAGCUUUUCGAUUCAACCGACCAACAAGAACUUCGAAUGCAACCAGCCUUCGACAUGACGAAUUUGCCUGUGGGCGCGGUUGAACAGAACUAUAAUGAUGCACCGUCGCAAUCAUCUCAUGGGUUGACUGGGGGGAUUAGCACACACAGCUAUAACGUGGCGCAAAAUGAUGCCAUCUUGGGUAUUGCUGAUGAUUAUAGCCAGAACUUGCAUAUGCAAAGUCUGGCUAAUCUGCUGGAUGGUUACCUCUUCUGGGAAGUGCCCUCUAUAACUGGUGAUAUGAAUCUUGGCUCGUAG